GUUAUCCAAGCCUCCACUUCAACAAACUGUUUAUUAACCCACUUAUUUUACCUGCUAAACAAAAAAAGCUGUUCUGCUAAUGAGAUAUAUUUCGAAGUCUUGACGAAUAGAGUUUGAUCUCUCAUAUGUAAACACCAUGUGUUACCACCAGAGGAAAGCAAUGAGAACUCGGUCAAGUUCACCUCCAAUUCAUGUGCAUGUCAACGAUGCCACACCAGUCCAUGUGCAUGUGAAGAGCCAGAGGACAAGUCCUGCCAGGACACCUCAGGGAAAGACCAAGGUUGACAGAGGAAACCUCCGCCCUACAGCCAGAGUCAAAACUCGAGUGCCAUGGAUACCACCAGGAAAGGCCUCCAUACGGGAUGCUUCAUACAAGUGGGAGGGGCCAACACACUGCCUUGAGAUCACACCACCACUCCCUGAACCAGGACCUGAACAUUCCCAGUCUGCACUGCAUUUAGCUGACCUCACAUCAGAGGAAGAAGAGGGGCUGCAUGGAAGAAUCAGUCAAUAUGAGAGGAAGAUUGAGCGCUUACUGACUGAAGUUAGCACUCUAAAGAAUGAGGUGGAACUGCGGAAGCAAGAGCAGCUGCUGGAGCGUCAGUCGGAGCAGCUAAGUGUCUCCCAGCGGGUGAUCGUGGAGCAGGAGGAGGAGCUGGCUGAGGUGACCAAGGAGCUGGAAGAGACUGAGCGGGAGAACUCGCGAUUACGCCAAUCCAUGGAGAAGAUGCUGGUGGAGAUGGACCACAACAGACAAGCCGGGGACAAUAUGCAACAAGACAAAGAUGCUCUGCACAGAAAACUGAUGGAGGCUGAGUUGGAUGGGACAGCAGCUGCCAAGCAAGUCUCAGCUCUGCGAGAAUCUGUUUCCAAACUGUGCGGUGCUGUUGGCACUAGGCUGUCUGGCUCUGAGUCUGCAGUCUUGGCCCGUCAGAAGGAGCUGCUUCUACAGAAACUGGAGACAUUUGAGGCCACAAACCGAACUCUGCGUCACCUUCUCAGAGAGCAGCAGGGGUCCCAGAUGGAGUCACUCCGAGUGUCAGAACAGAGAGAUGCAUUACUCAAGAGACUGGCGGACACAGAGGCAGAAAAUGCUCAUCUUGUCGUAAAACUCCAAGAGAAGGACAGAGAGGUUAAUGAACUCUCCAAACUUUUAGACACUGAAAAGGACAAUACCAGGAGCACAACUGAGUUGUCCAAGAGUCUGGAGUCAACAAGAGCUCAUUUACAGGGACAGCUCCGAAGCAAAGAAGCUGAGAACAACCGACUUACUUUGCAGAUAAAGAACCUGGAACGAGCAGCCAACCAGCAAAAGGUGGAGAUGAAGCAUCUGACUGAGCAGCUGGCAAGGCUGAAGCAGCAGUCCAGUGCAGAUCGAGAGGUUCUGAAACGAGCCACGCGGGCCCAGAAACAGCGAGCUGAGCGCAGCGAGGACACGGCAGGACAACUGAGCGUCCAACUGCUGGACAUGGAGAAGCAGAUGGUCAAUGCGCUGUCAGCAGCUGAGACCUGGCAAAGUCGCCAUGCCCAAGAAGCGAAAGAGAAGAGUAAACUGGAGAUUGAACUGUCGCUGUUGAACAGCCGUAUAGCAGAGCUUACGGAGCAGCUGCAGGGUGCAGGGGAUAAAGGCAGAGCAGAAAGAGAAGCCCUGCUGGAUCACCUGCAUGAACUGACCAAAGAGAGCACUGCUGCCAAACUGGAGAACCAGUCCCUCAAGGCUACAGCGUCUGCAGUGGAGGAGAAGCUGGCCUUGUCUCAGUCAGAGCUCCUGCAGGUCAAAGCUUCAAUCCAGCAAUAUGAAAGCCUGCUGGACAGCUAUAAGAUCCAGGUCGGAAAAACCUGGGCCGAAGCAGAUGAGUACCGUGCUCGGCUGGCUGAGGCGGAGCAGGAGGCCCAGGCAAUGCGCGGGGAGCUGGAGCAGGAAAUAGAGGAGGUGCGCAGGAAUCUGCUGGGGCAGCUGGCAGAGCUGGAGCCUCUUCCUGAAGCCUUACGACGCUCUGAACUCCAGCUGCAGGAGGCUCAGGACAGGGAGCGCAACCAGGAGAGGCGCAUCAUGGAGCUCAGCACAACCCUGACUGAUCUCCGAAUGAAGGUGGAGACCCAGGGCAGCCAAGUAGAACUUCUGAGACAGAAGAACAAGGUGCUGCUGGAGGAGAACAGACAGCUUCAGCAGCGAGUGGAGAGUUUGGAAAGAAAGCUUGAGGAGGCUGGCAGUCAGAACAGCGACCUGCAGGCAGUCAUUGCCAAACGGGAAGACACCAUCCACAGUAAUCAGCUUCGUCUGGAAGAGAAAACAAGGGAAUGUUCCCUGCUCAGCAGAAAGCUGGAGGAGGCUCUGGGGGAUGCUCGCCAACAGAUAUCAGAGACCAGAGGACUUGCUGCCACCAAAGAACGCUCCACCCAGUCCAAGAUACUGGAGCUCGAGACCCAACUUAGCAGAACUAACUCAGAAAUCAACCAGCUGCGACGCAGCAAAGAGGAGGUGGAGCGGCGGUACCAGAGCCGACUGCAGGAUGUGAAGGAUCGCCUGGAGCAGUCAGACAGCACCAACCGAAGCCUGCAAAACUAUGUCCAGUUCCUCAAAGCCUCAUAUGCCAAUGUGUUUGGAGACUUGGCCCUCAGCAGCUCACUGCGUGCCCCCUCACCCAUCUGACAUCCUGUCUGUCAGAGGUGUACUACAAGCACACAUUCCAAAACAGUACAAUGGUAUGAGCCUGUUACUUCAAGAUUUGCUAAGAGCUGGAGGCUGUAAAGAUGACGUGCUUGGUCAGUUGCCUGGUUGCUUGUGUCAUUCCAUUUUAAACCAGUUGGGUGAAGAGCAGCAGUAUCUAUUGGCUGCUAGUGAGGUUUUUAGAAUGUAAGACUUGUCUCAGUAAACAUUUGAUUAGACCUGAAUUGGUAGACAAUGUAACAAGGAUACACAUCUUGCUUUGCCUGGGGGGUACUUUUGCAAAAUGAUAGGUGGCCAGGGGCCAGUCACAAAAGCCCCGCACAGGUCAGGUUUACGCAGGGGUGAUUUCUAGAUUUGAGGAUAUCUGGAGCUUAACCUGGACCUCUGUCAGAGUCGGGGGACCCUCCCCUGGCACAGUUUUGAUUAACAAGCUCUAUUUUAAUUUUUUUAUGCACCCUGGCAGCUUAUUUAUAUAAAAAGUUUUUUUAAAAAAUUCUAUUGUCAAUCAACUUGUUUUCAUUGUGAAUUAGAAAAUGAAUGGGGGGCUACCCGGCACCCUUUUGCAGGCCACAUUUGUCCCACGGGCCAAAUCACUGCAAUAUAAUAUGUCAUUAGAUUAAAAAUUUUAAAAAAAUCCAAAAAAUGAUCCUUUGUGAUUUUAAAGCUCUUGAAUGUAGGAUUUAAAAAUGUCCUUGGUGACUUCUAGUGGUAGUAUCAAAAAACAUUGUGACAGACAUAGACUGUAUAAAAUAAUGAAUGUAGCUACUGUGACGUCACCCAUUGGUUUAUGGACUUUGGUUAAAAAGCCUAAAGUUUGAUGUUUCGGCCGUCACCAUCUUGUUUUUUUGGAGCCAGAAGUGAUUGUAUUUGGAUGACAGGGUGGAUCUCAAUCAGACUGUAGUGAAUCCCCAUAGACAGCCCAUCAUUCAAAGCGGCCGCACCCUUAAUUAUACGUAAUCUCAAGCCCUAAUAAAAUUCAAAUGGCUGAGUUAUAUAAAAAUUCGCUCCCUGCACGCUUGUCAUAAACUUUGAAAUUAGCUAUAGAGACCAAAACAAUUUUUGUACCAGGCUGUAAACAUGUUUAUUUCUGCUGUAAAUUUGGGCAUUUUAACAUGCGGGUCUAUGGGGACUGACUGGCUUUUGGAGCCAGCUUCAAGUGGCCAUUAGAGGAACUGCAGUUUUUAUCACUUCCAUGUUCAUUUUUCAGCCUGGAGGUUGCUGCUUAGUGACAGACAAAUUCACAGUGUACAUCCCUUUUCACUAUAAUCACAUGUAAACUGUGUUGCAACUUUAAAUUUACGAGACAAGUCAUUUGUUGAAAAUCUCUAUGACUGGAUGGAUGGAUGGAAUUAGUAAAAUCCUUUUGGAAAACUCAUGGAAUUUUGAUUUCUGUAAUGACAUAAAUGGUUAAAGUAAUCUUCCGUGAAAAUCCUUUCACGUAAUGUAACAUAAAAGCAAAUUUAUUUUCUGUAGCUGUUGAAGUAACGUACCUCCAAUAUGCAUGGAUGCAGGAUGAUAUGUUUACCAUCAUGUACAUUUCUUGAUUUUUCCCCUGCAUUUUGUCUCUACCUCUAUGUAUGCCAGUUAGCUGUUAUUGUGUCUGAAUAGAGUGUGAAUCUGAUUUGUUUGAAUAAUGCCAGGCAAGUGGGGCAAAAUAAAUAAUGUUGUGACAGUUUGAUUUAACAUGUAGGGUCAUGUAUUCCAAAGUUACCCUACUUAUGGCCCACUAAUAUUUUUAAAUUGUACUGCAUUUUGUAAUUUGGGGAACUGACAUGGGCAGCGUAGGGCGUUCAAUUGGCAUCCAGAGUACCAAUGCACACUUUGGUCUCAUUUUAACUGCUCUGAAAGUAGAGCAUGGUAGUUUGAAUGUCCUGAGCAUUCUUUUUUUUCCAAACAAAUUAAGCAACAGCACAAUGGAACUUUGGGCUUUCACUCCCCCACUGUGUCCAAGGACUGCUGUAAGUAGUAUAAUUAAUUUUUGAAGUAAAGUAUGCUAUACAGUUCUGUUUAUAUUAAAGGUUGUGAGUGGUAAUGAAAAUCUUAUUAUGGGCACUUGAAAAGUUAUGGAAAAAUUUUGGAAAUUUGUCCAUGAACAUGUGCGGGAACAGGGGAGGAGACUAGGGCUCCACAACUUACCAGGCAUAAAACAAAUUAUAACAUUGUUAUAUUAUAGGCUGGGUUUCGAGUGUGCACUGCAAAAUGUGCAGGUGUAGAGAAUUGUGUACGGCCAGCAUCUCACCUCAAAUUUUGAUACUGAAACAAAUGUACAUCAACUAUGCCCAUCUGGGCUUUUAUAGUGUAUAAACUAAUUUGGCUGCUUCACUACUAUUCUGACUGCAUACCUUUUGGCAUAUUAAACCACAACUUAUUAUGUAAAAGGAGAUAUAAGUUACACCUUAUGUCGCUUUUCCAUAUGUUUGGGAUACUCAGGCCAUACUGUGAACAGCUGUGAUAAGAGUCAAUACUGCGAUGCAAGUACACAUAAUUUUAUGAAAGGACACAAAGUUAAAAAGUAUUUUUUACCCUUAUGACAUGCUAGAUGUUUGAUGGUUCACACAAAUUGCACCAAGCACCUGUGACUUGCAGCCCUUCAUCUAUCCAGCUCACUCUUGCUGCUGUUUUUACCAUUCCUUACCGCACCUUCCCAUUAUAAUGCCUUGCAAGUUGGCACUAAGGCACAAGUCUCAGUCAGGCACUAAUCUCAGUGGUGAACAAAAGGAGCCUUACUGUACAGUGUUUACUCCACUGCUAUGCAAAAAUGAGUCGUGACAGACUGAACAAAAGCUGCUGAGGUUCAGAGAGAAAGCAGAGUAAUUGCAUAAUCAUUUGUUUUCUUGUUUUUCCUAUAUGCUUUAUGAUUUCAUCAGAAUUUCGUGUUGGAUCUUCAAGACCAAAUAUCAACACUAAAUAGUUGUGUAUAUUCUGACUUAACAAAAGUUUUCAACAUGAUGGCGCCUUGGAGCUUUUCAAAUUAAAUGUUUUUUUCUGCCGAAAUGUAUGAUUGGAUAUUGAAGUAUUUUACAUGCCAAACCCAAUGAACUUUGCUCAUCUUCUUUAUCCAGCCUUCACAGUAUCCUUUAUUUUCAACCUCAGCUAGUCAUGACAUAAGGUAAUGCGUCUAUGUCCAGAAUUAUAAGACUGCAUUCUGUACUUGUGCUGCUGUAUACUAAAACUAUUGAUUUGUUUUUUACAUUUAUACAACUCAAACAAAGCCAUCUAUGACGCAUUAUGUGCUGAAAUGUAUCUACGCUCUUUGAUUGUAUGGAGCUGUAAACAUUGGUGCUAUCGCUGUCCUUUGGCUGGUACAAGACAGUGUGUGUCAAAAUAGUUAUUUUUGGUUUACAGAUUGACAUGCAACAUUAUUGAAAUCAAUAGUUGUUUAAUAACUGAAUUGUUUAUAUCCACUAUGGGUAAAUUAAAAGCGUCAAUAAAACAAC